UAGAGAAACCCUAGCUAGUAGCUACACGCCAACAUCAUUCUCUCUCUCCCAAGCUGCCAAGCUCCACCCGUCCCCGACAGCCAUACCCGCCUGCUACCCACCAAAGCAUCCCAUACUCCGGCCGUUGCAGCUUGCUAUUUCGGCAGUCACCACUCUUCGUUCUCCUCCGGUGAUCAUCACGGUCACACCAGUUGCCUGAAUCGCCAUCCUCAAUUCUCCUCCGACCAUCUGUUCAUCAAACUCACUACUCGCCGCUCUCCAUUCUCUGCCGACCGUUGCGCCAGUUGCAACCCUCCAGUCUCCACCAGCGAUCCCAUGUAGCUGUCCUCCAUCAACCACAGCCGUCAAGUCGUCAUUAGUUGAGUGAUCUAGGGCUGUACACCGUUUGGAUAUCCAAACUGAACGUGUAUUUACCAAACCGAACCAAAGGCUGCUUCCUCAUUGACGCCUGCUAAAACCCUACCUCUCUCCUACUUGGUCGCUGCUAAAACCCUAGCCCUCGUCAUUUACUCAACGAUCGUCUCACCAUGGCGACAUCGCUGCUUCUGCAAACCCUAAGGCGCCGCGAGCUCCAUUCGUCUUCUUUCGCUGCUUUCAGAUCCUUGGCAAACAAUGGGAAGACAUCAUUGGCCACCUCCCCCUUAGGCCAUAAAUUGGCAUGUCUGGCAAGACCUUUCAGCACAAGGCCUUCAGGGAAUGAUGUUAUUGGUAUUGACUUGGGUACCACUAAUUCUUGUGUUGCAGUUAUGGAGGGAAAGAGUGCUAAGGUGAUCGAGAACUCUGAAGGAGCAAGGACUACGCCAUCAGUGGUUGCCUUCAAUCAAAAAGAACUACUUGUAGGAACCCCAGCCAAACGUCAAGCAGUGACCAAUCCAGGAAACACAUUUUUUGGGACCAAACGUCUGAUAGGGAGACGUUUUGAUGAUCAUCAGACGCAGAAAGAAAUGAAGAUGGUCCCGUAUAAGAUAGUGAAAGCUCCCAGUGGUGAUGCCUGGGUUGAGGCAAAUGGACAGCAGUACUCCCCAAGUCAGAUCGGGGCAUUUGUUCUUACUAAAAUGAAAGAAACUGCAGAGUCUUACCUUGGGAAAACUGUGUCCAAUGCAGUCAUUACUGUCCCAGCUUACUUUAAUGAUGCACAAAGACAGGCAACAAAGGAUGCUGGGAGGAUAGCAGGCCUAGAUGUACAGAGAAUUAUCAAUGAACCAACUGCGGCUGCACUUUCUUAUGGGUUAAAUAACAAGGAAGGUCUCAUUGCCGUUUUUGAUCUUGGAGGUGGAACUUUUGAUGUUUCAGUUCUGGAAAUAUCUAAUGGUGUCUUUGAGGUAAAAGCAACAAAUGGAGACACCUUUUUAGGAGGGGAGGACUUUGACAACGCACUACUAGAAUUCUUGGUUAGCGAAUACAGGAGAACAGAGGGGAUUGAUCUAUCAAAGGACAAGUUGGCACUACAGAGGCUUCGUGAAGCGGCUGAGAAAGCCAAGAUAGAAUUGUCAUCAACAUCUCAAACUGAGAUCAACCUGCCAUUUAUAACUGCUGAUGCUUCUGGUGCCAAACAUUUGAAUAUAACCCUUACCAGAUCAAAAUUCGAGAGUUUGGUGGAUCGCUUGAUUGAGAGAACAAGAAACCCAUGUAAGAAUUGUUUGAAGGAUGCAGGGAUAUCCAUCAAGGAAGUGGAUGAAGUUCUUCUUGUUGGUGGGAUGACCCGUGUACCCAAGGUACAAGAAAUAGUUGGAGAGAUCUUUGGGAAGAGCCCAAGCAAGGGAGUUAAUCCUGAUGAGGCAGUUGCAAUGGGUGCUGCAAUUCAGGGUGGCAUUCUUCGUGGAGAUGUUAAGGAGCUGCUUUUGUUGGAUGUAACUCCUUUAUCACUUGGUAUUGAGACUCUUGGUGGUAUCUUCACCAGGUUGAUCAAUAGAAACACUACCAUCCCAACAAAAAAAUCGCAGGUUUUCUCCACAGCAGCCGACAACCAAACUCAAGUGGGAGUCAAAGUGCUACAAGGUGAGCGUGAAAUGGCAGCUGACAACAAGCUUCUAGGUGAGUUUGAGCUGAUGGGUAUUCCACCUGCCCCUAGAGGCAUGCCACAAAUUGAGGUGACAUUUGAUAUUGAUGCCAAUGGGAUUGUCACUGUUUCUGCUAAGGAUAAGGCAACUGGUAAGGAACAACAGGUUACAAUCCGAUCAUCUGGAGGUCUCUCAGAAGAUGAGAUAGAAAAGAUGGUCAAGGAAGCCGAGCUGCAUGCCCAGAGGGACCAGGAAAAGAAAUCUUUGAUCGACCUCAAAAACAAUGCUGACACAACUAUCUACAGCAUUGAGAAGAGCCUGAAUGAGUACAAGGACAAGAUUCCUGCCGAGGUUGCAGCCGAGAUCGAGUCUGCUGUGGCGGAUCUGAGGAAAGCAGUGACCAACGAGAAUAUUGACGAGAUCACGGCAAAGUUAGAGGCAGCAAAUAAGGCUGUUUCAAAGAUAGGGCAGCAUAUGAGCCAAAACUCUGGCAGCGGCUCCUCCUCGGAAGGAGGGUCCCAGGGUGGCAGUGAUCAAGCAUCAGAAGCCGAAUACGAGGAGGUAAAGAGUAGAGAGGCUGGGUCAACCCGCCAAUAGAAUUGUUAUAUUCAUUUUCCAAUAUUUAGCCUAGUUGAUUAUAAAGCCUUUUGCUUUUGUUCCUCACGGCGAUCAUGUAACUAAUUUGGAGGUUGAGCCUUAUAUUUGGAACUUCUGCGGGGAAGAUGGAGCCAAUCCCAGAUUGGCAUGAUUUUUUGUUUUUGAGGAAAACAUUUUUGUUGGUCAGCGGAUGAAAUGCUUAUUCUUGGAAAGGGAAAUUGAGUUAGUUGAUAUGGAAAAUAUUGUGAGCUGAUGAUUAAUAAUCUUUUCAACUGCUUCCA